AUGAAACACACAAAGAAAACCAAAAAGCUUUUGGUGCGACGGAACAACAUAAUUGGAUCCGCGAAACUCAUAAAGGAAUUUGAUGCCAAUUACAUUUACGAUCGCGAUUUUCCGCAACUUAAAUUUCGCAUUGAAAAAUUAGAUAGCCUGUGGGAGCAAUUUAACGAUGUCCAGUCAGAAAUCGAAUGUGAAACCGAAUUAUCCAGUGAUCUCGCGGACGAGCGAGCGGAUUUCGAAAAUCAAUAUUUCGAGUUAAAGGGCUCUCUUGCGGGUAAACUAGCGAUCGCGAAAGAACAAAUUGAGACACCAGCCAAUAUUCCUGGUUCUCCACCUGCCCAUGUUCCCUCUGUUCGUCUCCCUGAACUAAAAAUACCGGACUUCAGUGGAAACUUUGAUGAGUGGAUGAACUUUCACGAUCUUUUCUCCACCACCAUCCACAUCAAUUCUCAACUUUCGGCAGUGCAAAAUUUCCAGUAUCUGAAAACUGUACUGAAGGGAGAUGCAUUGCGACUUGUGCAAUCUUUAGCAGUCUCAGCAGCCAACUACGUCAUUGCCUGGGACUUGCUCAAGAAGCGAUUUGACAAUAGGAAUCUGUUAAUAAAGCAACACUUCUCGGCAUUAUUGGCCACUCCUUCGGUGCAUAAGGAAUCUUCAUCGGCUCUAUUCAGUCUGGCCGACGAAUUCGACAAGCACAUUUGUGUGCUGAAUAAAUUGGAGGAGUCCCAAGACCAUUGGAAUUCCUUUCUUGUUGAGCUGCUAAGCAGCAAGCUAGAUCCAGUCACGCAGAAGGAAUGGGAAAACCAGCUUGAGGAUGAUAGGCGACCCACGUAUGAAAAUCUUGUGGCUUACAUCCAGAAACGUUCUCGUAUUCUCCAAUCAAUCUCGCUCUCCCAAAAUUCACCAUCUGUUGCUAAACCAGAAUCGAAGCACGAGUCCAAGCUUGCCCGGUCGAAAACAUUUUCGUAUCACUCUGCUACCGCUAGUGAUAAUUUACCAAAUUGCUGUCUCUGUAAGCAAUCGCACACACUGUCGCAGUGCGAUGAAUUUAAGAAGCUUACACCACAAAAACGUUUUGAAGUGGCUAAAAGGCAAGGGCUUUGCCUGAAUUGUUUAAAAUCGUCACAUUUGAUGAAAAAUUGCUUUGCUGGUCCGUGUCGUACAUGCAACAGACGCCGCCAUACUUUGUUGCAUUUAAAUUCGCAAACUGCUUCGAAUAGCCACAAAACUGUUGCAGCUCAGGUUGGACAUUGUCAGCAUGCCGUACAACCGGCUACUAUUAACGAGUCGCCGUCGUCGGUAGCGUGCAUUGCCGAUCAAUGUCACGUGGUCCCUCGGGUUACGGGACUGGCCCCGUCGUCGUCGGAUGGGCCUGAAAUUCGUUCGAAUUCGUAUCGUCCGCCGUCGGUUUCGUCUGCAAUACCGUCAAGCUCAUCACAAGCUACAAACUGCCAAACCCUCCCAAGUAGCCAGUCUCUCGUUUCGAAAGCAUGCAUGUCGUCUGUAUUCAUGCUUACUGCCUAUGUAAAAGUUAUGCACGCUGAUGGCAGUUACAUUCUCGCCCGCGCUUUAUUAGACUGCGCUUCCGAAGCCAAUUUUGUAACCGAAUCUCUCGCGCAACGGUUGUGUUCAAAACGCAUAUCAACUAAUAUUGAAGUGUACGGUAUAAGCCAAUCAGUCAAAAAAGUGAACCACCAAACAACAAUUACAGUGUCUUCACGAUUUGGAUCGUACACUACCAGCAUGGAUUUCUUGAUUCUGCCAUCGCUCACAAGAAUCCUACCCACUGCUAAUGUGGACAUAUCGAGAUGGGUCAUACCUCGCCACCUCCCCCUUGCGGAUCCCAAGUUCAAUAUAGCUCAUGACGUUGAACUGAUUAUCGGGAUCAAAAAUUUCUUUUCGAUUUUGCAAAAUGAACAAUUUACCCUCGGCAGUGGUUUGCCUGUGCUACGCAAAACCGUCUUUGGAUACGUUGUCGCCGGUGAAGCCAUCAAUCAACCGACGUCAACCGUUGUCUGCAACGUUUCGUCGAUCGACAACCUGGAGUCGAUCGUGCGCAAGUUCUGGGAAGUGGAAAGCUUCGAGAGAGGUAAGGCGCUCUCAUUAGAGGAAUUAUACUGCGAGAAUCAUUUUAGAGAGACACAUCGUCGAGCCUCUGACGGUCGGUACGUCGUGCGUUUACCGGUUCGGGAGGAAAUGCUUGAAUCUUUGGGAGAAUCGGUCAACAUAGCCGAACGCAGAUUUCGCGCUAUUGAGAAGAAGCUGUCAUCCGAUCCGUCGUUGCAUGUUGAGUACUCAAAGUUUAUGGAUGAGUACCUGUCGUUGGGGCAUAUGGAUGAAUUCGAGCCCGAUCUAUUGAAACCUCACUUCUAUCUUCCUCAUCAUGCGAUCCAGCGACCCGACAGUACUACCACCAAGACACGCGUGGUUUUCGAUGCCUCGUGCAGGGGCAACAACAACAUUUCGUUAAAUGACCUUUGCUACAUCGGGCCUACGGUGCAGCCACCACUCGUGAGCACACUCGUCAAUUUUCGCUUGCCUCGGUACGCAGUGACUGCGGAUGCCGAGAAAAUGUACCGGCAAGUAUGGGUAGAUUCGUCGGAUUGCUUGUUGCAACUCAUCCUGUUUCGCAAAUCACCCGACGAGGAACUGAAGACUUAUUGUUUGAAAACGGUGACGUAUGGAACUGCACCUGCUCCAUACCUUGCCACACGCGUCGUAAAUCAACUCGCUGAGGACGAAGCAGCUAAUUUCCCGCUAGCAGCUUCAAUGGUUAAAAGGUGCUUUUACGUUGAUGACUAUCUAUCUGGGGACGACGACGAGCAUCGGUUGGUGGAAACGAACCGCCAGUUAAUUGACCUUCUACGUUCAGGCGGUUUCAAUAUGCGAAAAUGGUGCAGCAACAGUGCGACUGUUUUAUCCAACAUUCCUGAACCACUUCGGGACUCUCGAACUGAACUUGAAAUCAGCCAAUCGGGUUCGGUAAAAGCUCUCGGUCUUCUUUGGCAUCCCUUAUCGGAUGAAUUUAGUUUCAAUGUCCCCGAGUUUUCAUCGUCAGAGCCGAUUACGAAACGUCUGGUGCUCUCAGAGAUGUCGCGUCUUUUCGAUCCGAUGGGACUAGUCGGAGCAACAAUCGUGAGUGCCAAAAUAUUCUUGCAAGCUUUGUGGUCGGACAAGCUCAACUGGAACGACGUGCUAUCGGUGGAAUAUCAAAAAUGGUGGAUUAUGUAUCGUGCUGAAAUCGAAACCCUUUCGAUGCUUCGAAUCUCAAGACGGCUUUUAGUGGACAAUUAUCGCACCCUCGAAUUACAUGUCUUCACAGACGCAUCUGACAGUGCCUAUGGGUGUUGCAUUUACGUGAGGUCUAUUUCUGCUACUGGUGAGCAAUCGUGCAAUUUAGUGAUGUCAAAAUCGAGGGUGAGUCCACUUCGUAAAUUGUCAACUCCUCGCCUCGAACUAUGCGCAGCGGUUCUCGGAGCGCAAUUGGCAGAUUUUGUGCUCGAGUCAACCAAGUGGACCUGUCCCAUUACAUACUGGACCGAUUCAUCGAUUGUUCUACAUUGGAUCGCAUCGUCGUCAUCAUCUUGGAAAGUGUUCGUGUCCAAUAGAAUUGCCGAAAUUCAUCGACUAACCGGAGGCAGCAUGUGGCGUCACGUUCCCUCCGAAUUAAACCCAGCUGACAAAAUCUCACGGGGUAUAAUGCCUUCGCAGUUGAAAACCGACGAUCUUUGGUGGCAUGGGCCACCCUAUCUUCAACAAGAUACGAGUGCUUGGCCGGAAAAUUUUAUCGAACUGUCGCCACUUCACAAACAAGCUCGCACCGAGGAAGGCCGAACAGUUGUUUCUCUUGUCGUUUCCACCACAUCUACGGUAACCGAAUUCAUAGAACAGCAUUCUACUCUCUUUCGUUUGCAACGCAAAGUUGCUUGGAUGCUGAGAUUUGCUCAAAAUUGUCGCACAAAAGAACCCCAAAAUCGUCAAUUUGGGCCGUUGGUAUAUGCUGAGAUGGAAAGAGCAUUAAAAUGUUUGAUUAAGCAAACUCAACUAGCAUAUUUUUCGUCAGAAAUUGAGUUCCUCGUGCAAGACAAUCGACCGACCCGAAAGGAAUUCAAAUUCAAAUCACAGCUAAAAAGUCUCAAUCCAUUUGUUGAUGCUGAAGGCUUGCUUCGAAUCGCUGGUCGCUUACACAAUCUCGAUGUCCCAUACGACACUAAGCACCCUAUAGUGGUGCCUCAGAAAGCUCAUUUGACCGUUCUUAUUUUUAAACAAACUCAUGUUCGAAUGCUGCAUGCAGGACCACAACUACUCCUUGCGACUCUGCGGCAGCGUUUUUGGCCUAUUCGGGGACGAGAUCUAGCAAAGAAAAUAGUUAGACAAUGCAUCACCUGUUUUCGCUGCAAUCCACGAAGCAUCUGCCAGGUCAUGGGACCACUACCAGCAUCCCGUGUAACGGCGUCGCGCGCGUUCAUCAACUGCGGUGUUGAUUAUUGCGGUCCGUUUUUCGUAAAAACUCCGAACCGUCGCGGUCCGCCGGUGAAGGUAUUCGUCGCCAUCUUCGUCUGCAUGGCAUCGAAAGCUGUACACAUCGACAUGGUGUAUAGUCUGACGUCUGAUGCAUUCGUGAACAUGCUAAAACGCCUCGUCGGGCGUCGCGGACGUGUAACCGAUAUCUACUGCGAUAAUGCCCGGACGUUCGUUGGUGCCAAUCGUCUACUCGAAGAAAAUCGUUUGAAUUUCAACGCCAUCCACCAGUCCAGCAAACUGCUAACGUAUUGCGCAGACAAUGGGAUAACCUUCCAUUUUAAUCCUGCGCGUUCGCCGCAUUUCGGGGGCCUUUGGGAGGCCUCCGUGAAGACGUUUAAAUAUCAUCUCUAUCGGGUCAUCAAAGAUACUCAGCUCAACAUAGAUGACUUCAACACGCUACUCGUCCAAGUGGAAGGCAUAAUGAACUCUCGUCCACUCACUCCGUUGUCAUCGGACCCAGCGGACGUCGUUGCGCUAACCCCUGGACACUUUCUCGUGGGAGAACCUCUUCAGUCUCUCCCCGAGCCGAAUCUUUGUGACAUUCCCAUUAAUCGACUUGAUUCUUUCCAGAAGAUGCAACAACGUCUUCAGCAUUUUUGGAGAGCUUGGUCGCGUGAUUAUGUAGCCCAACUACAGGAUCGAAAGAAAUGGCCAGUCGUUCAACCGAACAUUGACGUUGGAACCCUGGUGCUUCUCAAACAGGACAACACGCCGCCUAUGCGCUGGAAUCUUGGCCGGAUCGAGCAGACGUUUCCAGGCAAGGACGGGCGUGUACGUGUGGUUCAGGUCCGAACUGCGCACGGGACAUAUCGACGGGCAAUCACCGAGAUUUGCCCACUACCCAUUGAUCAUCACACCGAACAAGACGACCACGCUGAUCCACCAGCUUUACCCGUUCGAUCUACCACCCACUGA